AUGCCACAACAAAAUGUUAAAUCAUUCUGGCAAUCUUUCAAAUCGUUACCAAGGCGUACACGCAUUUAUCUUGGGUUAGGUGGAAUAGUAUUCGCCUUAGCUGGCGACCAUCUAGCAAAAAUUUUGGAAGAAAAAUAUCCAAAUACAAAUCCUUUGAUACCAAAUGAUAACAGUGAAACUUUAUCUUCACAAGCAUCUGUCGACAAUUUUAAACGUUCUUAA